AUGUGGUUGGAGAGGUUCGAGCCCGAGACCUCGAGGAAGUUGGGAGCUAAGUCUUCAGCUCAAGGAAGCUUCACUAAGAUAAUCUUAUCCUCUCUGUGGAUAAGGAGUUCUCUUUGUAACAGAAAACAGAGAGAGAAAGAGAGAGAUAAGAUAGAGAGAGAGAGAGACGAGAAACGUUGCAACGGUGAUCGGAGAAAGCUCAAGUUCCGAGCUGAUCUAGUGAAGCUUGCCGGCGUUGCCGUGCCCCAGGAGAGUAGGAAACGAACUCCUGGGUUUCGAAUCGGGAAGAUGACGACGUCACGGAGCGAGAUUGCUCAGUACGACGGAUCCGGAGACUUUGUAAUCUGGAGGAAGAGAGUCCUCGCACACAUCACCGUGCAAGGAUUGAAGGAUCUCUUGAAGCCAAAGCCAAUCCUCACUCUAUCGUUGGCGGAGGAGACGCCGGAAGCGAAAGAAGUGAGGAUUCAGGAAGAAGCGGCGUGA